AUGGCACCAAGCAUUGUGUCCGACAUUGAACUUCCCAGAGACAUCCCCGAGUCUAGACAAUCAUCUGCCAAUGUACCUAUCGAAAAGGCCUUUGGCUUGAACAACAGAACCAUCAUUAUCACUGGCGCAGGCCGUGGGCUCGGUAUCACACUCGCAACCGCUGUUCUCGAGUCGGGUGCUGAUGCCGUUCGUCUGGACAUUCUUCCCGAGCCUAGCGCAGAAGAAUGGGAAGUCAUUACCAAGCUUCAGAAGAGCACCGGAGUUCGCGCCAUAUACAAAAAUUGCGAUAUUACGAACGAGGAGGCGGUCGAAAAGGUCGUCGCAGACUGCGGCGAGGAGGCUCGUCAACGAGGAAAGCCUGUCAAAGGCAUGAUCUCGUGCGCCGGCAUUCAGCAGAUGGUCGACGCUAUUGAUUAUCCUAUGGACGGAUUCCGUCGAAUCAUGGAGGUCAAUGUUACUGGAAGUUUCCUCAUUUCGAAAUACACAGCUCGUCUGCUUCGCGACCAGAAGCUUGGUGGUAGCAUUGUCAUGAUCGCAUCCAUGUCUGGCCAGAUUGCCAACCGCGGCCUGCACUGCUCGGCAUACAACACCAGCAAGGCCGCCGUACAUCAGAUGUGCCGCUCUCUUGCCUACGAGUGGGGUCAAUGGGGCAUCAGAGUCAACACACUUUCUCCUGGUUACAUUCGUACUGCCAUGACAGAUGGCCUGCUGCAAGAAAAGCCCGAGGUUGAGGAACAAUGGAUGAGAGGUGCGCUAUUGGGCAGACUGGGGGCACCUGAAGACUUCAAGGCUCCCUGUGUCUUCCUCCUGGCAGAUGGAAGUUCAUGGAUGACUGGUGCCGACUUGAGAGUAGAUGGUGGACACUGCGCGACUGCUUGA